UUAAUUUCGCUAACAAGACGCGAGACUUCAUAGACGUGUACUUUGCCUUUAAUAAUAAUGUAAUAUCUUAAUAACUUACAAUAAUUGUUACUAUAAAAUUAACUGCAGUGUCAGUUCGAAAGUAAAGUGUGUCGCGAGUGUGAUUUUACAAUUUAUACUUACUUAUAUUGUGCAAGAUGAACUAAAUAUUUCUUGGUUAUAACAUAUAUCUGUGUUAGUUAUGUCUAACCAAACAGCUUCCCCUUUCGGGCGUAGCCAACUAUUGCAGCGAAGUCCUCCACCGACUCCAAAUCAACCAGAACUAGUUCAACCUAUUGAGCAAAUUCCACCUCAAGCUCCAGCCGUGUUGGCUGGUGAGUUACCCCCUGAAGUUGUUUCAACACCAGAUAUCCAGAAAUGGAUUGGGUCAAUAGACGCCGUUCUCACUGAGGUCUGCACCAUAGUCUCAGAAGGGAAAAUGAACAACGAUCAAAAGCAGCGUGUCUCCGCCCUUUGUCGCAACGUUUUAAAGGGGACAAGUCAAAUGGCCGUAGAAUAUCAAGCUUUAAAGCAAAAAACCAUCCAAGCGCACCACACAGUACUGCAUCUAAAAGAACAGCUGGACCUUGCAGAAUCUAUUAAGGUGAUCAAAAAUACUAUAAUCGACAAAUUAUCGCCUUCUGACAUAACCUCUUCAUCUUACGCUAACAUAGUAAAAAAAAGUUCCGAAACCCUCAUCCGCCCAGCAAAUCUGAGUUCUGUGGCCAUCUACCCUUGCGACAAGACGAGAACAAGCGAAGACACAAAGUCACUUGUUCAGAAAAUUAUUUCGCCUGAAGAACUAAAGCUUCAUGUCCGUGGCCUAAAAAAAGUCAGAAACGGGGGUGUACUUAUUAGGACCGAGAACAAAGGAGAUAUUGAAAAGCUCAGGAAUUCAACGAAACUGAUGUCAUCUGGCCUUACGGUAGAAGAAACCCCCAAGCGCCGACCUAGGAUUGCUGUCGUUGGAGUUCCAGUAGCACUUACUGAAAGAGAAGUAUUUGACUGCAUCUAUGAGCAAAACCUUUCGGAGAAAUUGGCAAAUAGUACUCGAGAGUCCUUUCUUGCUACUGUCAAAUUGAGCCAUAAGUCAGGUAAGAAAGGUCUUCCCACUUGCAAUUAUAUAUUAGAAGUUUCUGCUGCCGUCAGGAAAGUACUCAUAAACCAAGGCCGGAUUUUUAUAAACUGGACUUCUUGCCCUGUAAGAGAUUACACAAUAGUUACAAGAUGCUUCAACUGCCAGCAGUUUGGCCAUGCAGCCAAGUUUUGUCGUGAAACUAGUCCUACGUGCAACCACUGUGGGGAGACUGGGCAUUCCCACAAGGAGUGUAACAGUAAAUCUUCUCCGCCUCAAUGUGCGACGUGCAAGCGCUUCAAGAAGAAAUGUGACCAUCAGACUGGUGACGCAGAGUGUCCGGCGCGUAAAUAUGCCGAGAUUAAUUAUAUCAAUUCGAUUGACUAUGAAGGCGCCUAAGAGCGCCCCGGACAGUUUAUUUAGUAGCACUUAGUUAUUGUCUCGUAAGUUAAAAGUUACUCUAUAUUUUAUUAAUUUAGUAAUUAGUUUUUAUGGCCAGUCAGCUAAUCACUGAUCUGGAUGAAUUUUCUGUGUCUGAAGCCAAUACCUGUAAUGUAGAAGAUUGUAAACUUCUUCUUCCUUCUGGGGAAAAUACGCUUACGCUACUAACUCAAAAUAUUCGCAGUAUUAAUCGCAACAUGGAUGGCUUUGAAGUUCUAUUAGAAAGUCUUGACAUUAACUGUGAUGUUAUUGUCCUAACAGAAUGUUGGCUAUCUUCUCAGACAGCCAAUUUACCUUCUCUCGACGGCUACUGCACUCACAAAACAAAUUCAAACAUGAAUCAGAAUGAUGGUGUAGUGGUGUACAUCAAAAACAACUUAAAAGUUCUAGUGGAAGAGCCCAGAGUUCAAAAUAGUAACUGUUUAGUAAUUAAAAUUAUUCCGGAUACUGUAAUUAUGGCCAUUUAUAGGCCACCGUCUCAAAACAUUGACAGCUUUUUGGACUCACUUGAUGUAAACUUAAAACAUUUAUCUGCUUUUAAGAACAUUAUAUUAAUGGGUGACAUAAAUAUUAAUAUUGCUUCUGAGAGAGCAGAUACACAUGUACAUAACUACCUAAAUAUUUGUUCAUUUCAUGGUCUUUUACCAACCCAUUAUUAUCCCACGCACCAGUCUGGGUCAUGUUUGGAUCAUUUCAUCAUAAAAACCCGACAUCCGAACAAAACAUUAGUCACCAAUUCAUCGCUUACGGACCAUCAAGCUAUUUUGCUAACAAUACAAAAAUCCUCACCUAGAAAAAACUGCAUGCGUAGCUUUUUAAAAAUUGAUAUGACUAAUCUUGCACGUGCCAUUCGCGACAUCGACUUUGACCCUGUUUACGAUACUAAUGACGCAAAUAUUUCAUUACAGUAUUUUAUAAAUGCGCUACAACAUGCGAUAAACAAAAAUACAAUUACCAAAAUAACGUCUAGAAGGUAUAAAUCGAUCAAACCGUGGAUCACUCCAGGUCUCGUUCGUUGUAUACGGCAUAGGGACAAACUACACCAAAAGUCAAAACUUGCACCUGAUAAUGAAAUACUUUCUAUUUCAUAUAAAAGGUAUAGAAACUUUUGUAACAACCUUUUAAAAAAAGUUAAAUAUCAACACGAGAAGAAUGAGUUACAGAAGGCAGGAAAAAACAGUAAACUCGUUUGGAAAUUUAUUAAAACAAAUACUUUUCGAUCGAAAAAUCCUGAACCCCCACUCGAAUUACUGUCUUCAGAAAUAAACCCACUAGUAGCCGCAAAUAAAGUAAAUAGUUUUUUUGCUAACAUUGGCAAAACCUUAGCUGAAAAAUCCUUGAACCAUAGUACUUAUCCCCACCAACCAUUGUCGGCUGUAAAUACCCCUACGAAAACAUCAAAAUCUUUUGUUUUAUUAAACACUGACGUCAAUGAAAUUUUAAGGAUAAUUACAGGGUUAAAGGACGAUUGCGCUGUUGGGUGGGAUGGCAUUCCUAAUAACAUACUGAAAAGGUUUAAACACCUUCUUGCUCCUCCAUUGACCCAUAUUUUUCAGUCAUGUUUGUCUAAAGGAAUCUUUCCCAAACCGCUUAAAAAAGCAGUAGUUACGCCAGUUUUCAAAGCGGGAGAUAAAAACUGUGUUAACAACUAUAGACCCAUUUCAGUAUUAACAGGUCUCUCAAAAAUUUUAGAAAAAAUUAUAAAUAGUAGAUUAAUAGAUUAUCUUGAAAUUAACAAUUUGCUUUCAAAUAACCAAUUUGGGUUUAGACCAAAAAGAUCGACUAACCAAGCAGUUCACAGACUGUCCGAAUACAUUAGUACUAACCUUGACAAGGGUAUGCAUACCAUUGGGAUUUUCCUGGACCUCGCUAAAGCUUUUGACACAAUUUCUUGUUCUAUGUUACUACACAAGCUUGAAAAACUUGGAAUAAGAGGCGAACAACUUCAGUUGUUCACCGAUUAUCUUAGAGAUCGUCAACAAUGCGUUAAAAUAGGUCAGUACACAA